AUGGCCACUUCAAUCCCACACUGUCACCUUAUAUCAGAAAGACUUCACCCGAGCCCUGUUGCUGGAGUUCCCAACUUCUCUCGCAAACCCAUCUCAAUUAAGAUACAGAGGGAAACCUGCAAGCAAGGAACCCUCAAAGAUGCUUUCCAAUCCUUAACCCUCUUUUUCACUGACCCAUUUGCAACUCACUACUGUCUCAAACAGGCUUAUUCUCUGGCUCUUGAGCUCUGUGCCAUUGACAAAACUCUAAAACAAGGGCAACAGCUGCAUGCCCUUUUGGUGAAAACUCAUGGUUUGUGUGAUUCGGUGUUUCUGGGCACUAAGCUUGUGCAUAUGUAUGGGAAGUGUGGCUCGUUUCUUGACGCAAAGAAGGUGUUUGAUAGAAUGAGUGAGAGAACUAUUUUUACCUGGAAUGCUAUGAUAGGGGCCUCUGUGUCAAAUGGUAAAUAUCUUCAAGCCCUUGAGUUGUAUAAAGAAAUGAGACUUCUGGGUGUGCCGCUAGAUGCUUGUACUUUUCCUUGUGUGCUUAAAGCAUGUGGUGCUCUUUUUGAGAGCCGCUUGGGGGCUGAAAUCCAUGGUGUGGCUCUCAAGUGUGGAUAUGGUGCAUUUGUGUUUGUGUGUAAUGCACUUAUUACUAUGUAUGCAAAAUGUGGUGAUCUUGAUGGGUCUAGGCUGUUGUUUGAGAGUAUUGUGAUGGAGAAUGAGGACACUGUAACAUGGAAUUCUAUUAUUUCGGCACAUGUAGCAGAAGGUCAGUUCUUAGAGGCAUUGUCACUCUUUAGAAGAAUGCAGAAGGUUGGUGUUGCCAGUAAUACGUACACUUUCGUUGCAGCUCUUCAAGCGUGUGAAGAUCCAUCUUUUAUUAAACUGGGUAUGGAGAUACAUGCUGUCAUCUUGAAAUCUAACCAUUUUGCUGAUAUUUACGUUGCCAAUGCUUUGAUUGCUACUUAUGCAAAAUGGGGUAAGAUGGAGGAUGUUGAAAGAGUUUUUAAAAGUAUGCUUUACAAAGAUAAUAUAUCGUGGAAUACAUUGCUUUCUGGUCUGGUCCAAAAUGAUCUAUAUAGUGAUGCUCUAAACCACUUCCGGGAUAUGCAGAAUUCUGGUCAAAAGCCUGACCAGGUGUCAGUUCUAAACAUGAUUUCAGUGUCAGGUCGAACAGGAAAUUUAUUGAAUGGCAUGGAAGUUCAUGCAUAUGUAAUAAGAAAUGGAAUAGAUUCUGAAAUGCAGAUCGGGAACACCCUGAUAGAUAUGUAUGCUAAGUGUUGUUAUGUGAAAUAUAUGAGUCAUGUUUUUGAAUGCAUGCCUGAAAAAGAUUUGAUUUCUUGUACAACAACCAUUGCUGGCUAUGCACAGAAUGAAUGCCAUCUGGAAGCUUUAAAUUUGUUCCGGAAAGCUCAGUUAGAAGGGAUGGAUGUUGAUCCCAUGAUGAUUGGAAGCAUUUUGCUGGCUUGUAGUGCGUUGAAUUCUAAAAACUUCAUCAAAGAAAUUCAUGGUUAUGUUUUGAAAAGUGAUUUAGCUGAUAUUAUACUACAAAAUGCGAUUGUCAAUGUAUACGGAGAGGUUGGGCACAUAGAUUACGCAAGACGUAUGUUUGAAUCAAUUGAAUCCAAAGAUAUUGUGUCUUGGACAAGUAUGAUUACUUCUUGUGUUCAAAAUGGACUAGCAAUUGAGGCUCUUGAACUUUUCUACUCUUUUAAAGAAAAUAAUAUUCAACCUGAUACUAUAGCUCUUGUCAGUGUGCUCUCUGCGGCUGCUAGUUUAUCUUCUUUGAAGAAAGGGAAGGAGAUUCAUGGAUUUCUGAUUAGGAAUGGUUUCUCCUUGGAGGGACCCAUUGCUAGCUCCCUGGUGGAUGUGUAUGCUCGCUGUGCAACUUUAGAGAACUCAAGAAAGAUAUUUAAUUCUGUAAAGCAGAGAGAUCUAAUUUUGUGGACUUCUAUGAUUAAUGCAAAUGGAAUGCAUGGAUUUGGAAAUGAGGCUAUUGACUUAUUCAAGAAAAUGACUGAUGAAAAUGUUAUUCCUGAUCAUAUAACCUUCUUGGCUUUAUUAUAUGCAUGCAGCCAUUCAGGGUUGAUAGUUGAAGGGAAGAGGUUUUUUGAAAUUAUGAAAUAUGAAUAUCAAUUGGAGCCCUGGCCAGAGCAUUAUGCCUGUCUGGUUGAUCUCCUUGGCCGUUCCAAUUCCCUGGAAGAGGCUUACCAUUUUGCAAGAAACAUGCCUUUUAAACCUUCUGCUGAAGUCUGGUGUGCUCUUCUUGGGGCUUGCCGUAUUCAUUCCAACAAAGAAUUAGGAGAGCUUGCUACGAAGAAGCUCUUACAAAUGGGUACCGAGAAUUCGGGAAAUUAUGUACUGAUAUCGAACAUCUUUGCAGCAGAUGGAAAAUGGAAUGAUGUUGAAGAAGUGAGGUUGAGAAUGAAAGGAAAUGGGUUGAAGAAGAAACCAGGAUGCAGUUGGAUAGAGGUUGAGAAUAAGAUUCACACCUUCAUUGCAAGGGACAAGUCUCAUCCACAGUCUGAUGAGAUCUAUCUAAAAUUAAAUCAGCUUAUAAAACUUUUGGAGAUAAAAGGAGGGUAUAAGGCUCAAACUAAGUUUGUAUUCCAUAAUGUUAGUGAAGAAGAGAAAACACAGAUGUUAUAUGGACACAGUGAGAGGUUGGCACUUGGUUAUGGACUGCUUGUUACCCCAAAGGGUACUUCUAUUCGGAUCGCAAAGAACCUUCGAAUUUGUGAUGAUUGUCAUACAUUCUUUAAGAUAGCAUCUGAAGUCUCUCAACGAGCCCUCAUUGUAAGGGAUGCCAACAGGUUCCAUCAUUUUGAAAGAGGAAUUUGUUCAUGUGGAGAUUUCUGGCUUUUGUUGAAGGGGUGCGUUCGUGUAGUUCUAGGAUUUGAAAUAUUAUAUUGUACUAUUGGUGUACAUAAAUGUCUCACAUGGAGGGUGAAAUAUGUUGAUAUAGGGGAUGUCCAUAGUGGCAAUGGUAGAAACCAAGCACUAGUGGAGCUUCUCAUGGUGAAGUGGCUAAGGUGGCUCUCCAUAGUCACAGCCGUAGUGGCUGAGUGGAGAAGAAGAAGCCCUGUUCCUCAAUGUGAGAGGGGGUUAGCUGAAACUCAUAUUCUCUUUUGGUGUGGGAAGAGCUUCUGUGGCAGAUAUAGAGAGAUUAAAAAUCAGCAGCAAAACAAGAUCUUUGGAUGUUUCUCAAGUUCUAAACCUAUCGACAAGCAAUCUCUACUUGACUAUGGUAUAUUUUGCUGUCUCAUUUAUGUUCUCAAUGCCCUUCUCGAUCCUGAUGUAACCAUUCAACGGCCAAAUACUGCUAUUGAUCAUGUAGAGCAAGACAAAUGUUUAAUAUGCUCCAGGGAUUCUCUUGCAAUGGCGGGUCGCAGAAGAUCAAGCAACACCGACGGUGAGAGACGAACGAAGCAACGACAAGACCAGCCUUCUUCUUCGAGACCACAAGACGCUGAGCCUGAGCCCGUUGACCUCCCAUUUGGGCACCUGUUUGAGGAUGACCCGUCGGUACAUGUUGCAUUUCUACAUGACCAUGUGAACAGACCCUUAUGUGCACCAAAAUCGUUGGAUACGACAUUCUUUAUGACGGAGGGAUUUCAGAUUGUGGCGGUGUUUGAGGCAGCACAUCUGAGAGAGUUGGCUGAGAUGCUAUAUCCAUAUUCAGAGGUUAUGGUGAGGGCCUUCUACCACAACCUCAGCUACAUACAGGGAGAGUUGAGGUCCCGCGUCUGCGGUGUGGACAUAGUCAUGACGGCUCUGGUAUGGUUGGAGGUAUUAGGCUAUGACUUUGAUGCUCAGCCCACUGUAGAGUAUGAUGCAGAUAACAGUGUAUCACUUCCUGGAUUUGUCCGAGGUGAUUCUGUGGAGGAGGCCAGGAGGCCUGAUAUCAGACGUGGGCGAACCAUUCAUUCGCGAGCUUUCAAUCAUUCUAGGGUGCUGGAACAUUACAUUCCUAUCAUGUGGGUUAUCUGUCAUGACGUACAAAAGAUAUUGGUUCACUUUGGUGUUCCCAUGGACACUGAGAAGCUGAAGAGGCCCACAGGCUAUACUGCCAAGUUUGGAAAGUGUCUACUGGAGCAGUGCAAGAUCUCCAAGAACAGGGCGGGUGUGUGGCAGUUCUCAGGUACGGUUGAGGUAGAGGUGCUUGAUGUUGCCCCAAAUGCACACAUGAUUGAGCCUGAAGAGGAAGACUGGGAGGAGGAGAAGGAUGAUGAGGCUGACCUGCAGGAGAUAUGA